UUUUUGCUAUGAAGGAUUUAACAAGAACAAUAGUGCUGGUGAUCAUCAUUACAAUACAAGUGCCGCCAUGUUUAAUUACCGGCCAGUCGGUGGAAGCUCCUACCGAGGCAGUACCAGUUGUCACUCCCGGCAGUACAGAUGGAGGUACUGGUUCAGACCAGACUACGACAGGAGUGUACGACGUCACAAGCCACGUGACAAACUCUCGCGAGACAAAUACGACACUACUGCGAACGAGACUUCUAGACUUUAUGACAUUACCGAGAGAAAAUGGAAGUUCAACAGACAAGCCAGUUACAUUUUCUCUCACAAAUUCUUCAAAAGACCUAGAUCUAAAUGCUACAGCAAAAACACAAAUGACAGCUACAAGUGACUCCGUAGAAAAUGUCAGUCUGUCUUACUUGCAUGAUGCCAACCAUACAACACUAGCCACAACUGGAGUGUACGUCACAAGUCACAUGACAAACUCUCGCGAGAAUGAUACGACGCCAUUCAACAACUGGAUCGUACGACGUCGCAACAGACAGAGAGACAAAUACGACACAACUGCAGACGGGACUUGUAGACUUUGCGACAUUACCAAGAGAAAAUUCGACAUCUGA